CAGGCAGUCAAAGCAUUGCAGCUCGAAGUUCAGCGUCUGUGCGAAGAAAAUCGUGCUCUCAAGGAGAAGAACAAAGUUCUACUUGCCGAGAAGCCCAAACGGAAGCGGCGCGUUGAAGCACCUGAUGAACUCGUUGCUCACGAACAGACCAUCUCACUGUAUGCUCGUAAAUACGGCAUGACAGUGGAGAUGUUUCCGGACAAUGAACUUCUCACCAAGAAGCUGCCGGAUUUGCCUACACCAUUCGAUAGCCAUGACCGUUACAAGACUGCUGCAACUCAGGAAACGGCCUUCUUAGACGAACUUUACAAGCAUUUCCCAGAACGCGUCCAUCGAGCCAUACAGAGUGUGUACUUCAAAGACCUCGUACGUCACAUAUUUUCGAUGCUCGUUCAAACGAGAUCAAAAAAUUACGUGGCAGUUGCUGGAGAUAUUUUUGACCUUCCUGCGAAGUACUUUGCCAAUCCUAGUUUCGACAGAGCCAGCGUUGUCGAAAUUCAAAAGAUGCUUGGAGUGUCUGGCAAGACGCAGGCUUAUAAAAUCUUUCCGCCUCUUUUGUUCCCAGGUCUGCAAGAAGACACCACCCUCAAGACUGUUUUCGGCAACUGGAUACUUUUCGCCAAGAUUCUGAGAGCAUCACUGCAUGGCGUCACCUCGCUUCAUCAAGAGCCUUGUGGCGGAUCAAAGACUAAUGCUCGGAAGUGGAACUUUCAACAAGUCACUCCAGGAUCUAUCGCAUGGGCGGCAGUUAUCGCAAUAUUUCUGCUCUCACCCGACUCCGAAUUUCCCGGUUCGGGAGUGGGGAAAUCAUCGACCAUCAGUUACAAAGACCUGUUCUUUCAAUAUAAGAAGAUGCUCAUUACAAAGUGGGACACCAGGCGCAUCAAGAAUAUUAUGGUCAGUAUCAACAACCACAUUUUUGGCACCGCAAAGUUGUCCACCCUCAAUCCCGCUGGUGGCGAAGACUUUUCGGAUGAAAUCAAUCGCGCUAUGCUCGCACUCGACAUGUCAUCAGACAGUGAAGCAGAU